CGCGGGCCCCCACAGCGCGCCCAUUCCCGGACCCCCGCGCCCUCCUCCGCGCGCGCACACUCGCCGCCCCCACCCCUGGUCUGGCUGGGAACUUGAACCGGUCCAGCCUGUUUAAACGGAAAGGACAGAGAUCCUGUCUGUUCAAUGUAAAAAAAAAAAAAAAAAAAGAAAGAAAAGAAAAAGAAAAAAAGAAAAAAAAAUCAGAUCAGACCAGAGAGAGAGAGAGAGAGAGGAGAGAGAGAGGGGGAGAGAGAGGGAGAGAGAGGGGAGAGAGAGAGGAGAGGGAGGGAGGGAGAGAGAGAGGGGGGAGAGCAGAGAGAGAGCGCGAGCGCGAGAGAGCGAGAGGAGAAAGAGAGAGAGCAGAGAGCGAGCGGAGAGCGAGGUGUAGAGAAACCGAGGGGGAGAGAACCCGAGUGUGUGUAUGCGUGUGCGUGUGUGAGCGCGAGCGAGCGAGCGAGAGAGAGGAGCGAGAGAGUGCGAGCGAGAAAGAAUAAAAGGAAAGAAGAUUUUCUCUAUGUAUAUAAAGAUGGCCACGUUAGCAAACGGACAGGCUGACAACGCGAGCCUCAGUACCAACGGGCUCGGCAGCAGCCCGGGCAGUGCCGGGCACAUGAACGGAUUAAGCCACAGCCCGGGGAACCCGUCGACCAUUCCUAUGAAGGACCACGAUGCCAUCAAGCUGUUCAUUGGGCAGAUCCCCCGCAACCUGGAUGAGAAGGACCUCAAGCCCCUCUUCGAGGAGUUUGGCAAAAUCUACGAGCUUACGGUUCUGAAGGACAGGUUCACAGGCAUGCACAAAGGCUGCGCCUUCCUCACCUACUGCGAGCGUGAGUCAGCGCUGAAGGCCCAGAGCGCGCUGCACGAGCAGAAGACUCUGCCCGGGAUGAACCGGCCGAUCCAGGUGAAGCCUGCGGACAGCGAGAGCCGAGGAGGUAGUAGCUGCCUGCGCCAGCCCCCUUCACAAGAUAGAAAACUCUUCGUGGGCAUGCUCAACAAGCAACAGUCCGAGGACGACGUGCGCCGCCUUUUCGAGGCCUUUGGGAACAUCGAGGAGUGCACCAUCCUGCGCGGGCCCGACGGCAACAGCAAGGGGUGCGCCUUUGUGAAGUACUCCUCCCACGCCGAGGCACAGGCCGCCAUCAACGCGCUACACGGCAGCCAGACCAUGCCGGGAGCCUCGUCCAGUCUGGUGGUCAAGUUCGCCGACACCGACAAGGAGCGCACGAUGCGGCGAAUGCAGCAGAUGGCUGGCCAGAUGGGCAUGUUCAACCCCAUGGCCAUCCCGUUCGGGGCCUACGGCGCCUACGCUCAGCUGAUGCAGCAGCAAGCGGCCCUGAUGGCAUCAGUCGCGCAGGGCGGCUACCUGAACCCCAUGGCUGCCUUCGCUGCCGCCCAGAUGCAGCAGAUGGCGGCCCUCAACAUGAAUGGCCUGGCAGCCGCACCUAUGACCCCAACCUCAGGUGGCAGCACCCCUCCGGGCAUCACUGCACCAGCCGUGCCUAGCAUCCCAUCCCCCAUUGGGGUGAAUGGCUUCACCGGCCUCCCCCCACAGGCCAAUGGGCAACCUGCUGCGGAAGCUGUGUUCGCCAAUGGCAUCCACCCCUACCCAGCACAGAGCCCCACCGCCGCGGACCCCCUGCAGCAGGCCUACGCCGGAGUGCAGCAGUAUGCAGGUCCAGCCGCCUACCCUGCUGCCUAUGGUCAGAUAAGCCAGGCCUUUCCUCAGCCGCCUCCAAUGAUCCCCCAGCAGCAGAGAGAAGGGCCCGAGGGCUGUAACCUGUUCAUCUACCAUCUGCCCCAGGAGUUUGGGGACGCUGAGCUGAUGCAGAUGUUCCUCCCUUUCGGCCGGCACCCUGUGCCCGCGCGCUGCCAGGCCCCCUCCUGUCAGGGAGGACAGUGUCCAAUAAACUCCACCCGCAGGCUUCGUGAGCUUCGACAAUCCAGCCAGCGCGCAGACCGCCAUCCAGGCCAUGAACGGCUUCCAGAUCGGCAUGAAGAGGCUCAAGGUGCAGCUGAAGCGGCCCAAAGACGCCAAUCGCCCGUACUGAGCGCCGGCGGGAGCGUCCCCCGGGGGAGACCAGGACUCGCACAGGGCAGGAUGCUGAACGGGCUACAUUAAAAAACAAACCUCUCUCUAUAUAUAUUUAUAAAUGAGAACUGUUGGAUGACACCUUUGACAUAUCAGCCUAUAUCAAUCAAGCUGAAGACUCCAGACACUGUCUGUGUGACUGUAACAUUUCUUCAACGAAAGUAUAGCGUCUAUGGAGUUCAGAGGGCACGUGUUUGGGGGAAAAAUAUAUAUGACAUAAAGAAGAAGAAGAUGAAGAAAAAUGAGAAAAAAAAAACACACAAAAGGCAACUUUAAAACAAUCACGAGACCAGAUGGGGAGGCUGAAGGGCUGGGAACUGGGAGGAGACGCUGCUUACCGAUCCCGGGGCUUUUCCAGCCCACGGGCGCCUGAGGCAGGCUGGGGCAAGUGGUGCGUGGGGCCUGGUCCCCAAGGGGCGGCUGAGAGGCCGCCACUGAGCAUCUCUAUCUGUCAUUCCUUUAGCUAUUUAGGGACCAAAGGACCAAACUUUUUAUUGCAGAUGUGUAGCUCUAUGUCAAAUAGAGGGGGAAAGGAGGACCCCCUCCUUCCUGCCUCAUGGCUGUUCUUGAAACAGCUUAGAGCGAUUCUAUGAAAAAAUGUAACAAAAAAUUAAAAAAACAAAAAACAACAAAAAAACAACAAAAAAAGGAAAAAUAACGCUUCAAUGCUUUUAAAACAGCAAGAUAAUAGUUCUUUGAUACUUUGAGAGGCGCUUUGAUGACCCUCAUCCAAGUCUAUGACACUUUCCUAUGGUUUUCUGUAUUCUAUGUCUGGAUGGAGCUGUUAAAAGAUGAACAAAUUGGUGGAUAUUUGGGGAAAGCAACACAAAUCUUAAAACUCACCCGUGAAGUGUGAGAAAACAAGGAGGGGAACAAAUGGGACUUACCAAGCAAGGUCAUUGUUGUGAAAAGUCUGUAAAUGCUUCUAACUCUUCCCCCUCUUAAAAUCAUAAUAGUUGUACAGAAUUUUAAAAAGGAAAAGUUUAAAAUACCUAUAUAAUAGAAGAAAAAUUAGAGGAAAGCAAAAAAUAAAAAAAAAGGAAAAAAAAAACCUAUAGAAGUUAGCAUUACUGCUAAAAUCCCAGAUGUUGUAGGACUGUACUUUUGUAGAGUUUAGACAGAGCAUCAAUCCCUUCUCCCGGCGAGUGCUGUCGGAUGCCGUUGUCUCUGAGGGCCAGGCCGAACUCGCCCCACACCUGCGGGCGCCUGGCUGCCCGACGCCGGUGGAGGCCAUGCCAUCGGCCAGAAGGGUCGCGUCGCGUCGCCCAGGUCGCCGCCGCCGCCGUCCUCGCCUCUCGCUUCCCUCUGGGAGCUGCGUGCGCUUCACUCACCUUCCGCUUCACUCGCCUUCCACGCUUGCUCCAGAGACUUUCCGGGCAAGGGAGAACUGGGAACUUUCAUCUUAAAACAACUAGACAACACACACACACACACAAAACCUUAAAAAAGAGAGAGAAAAAUAAACAAUCUUUGAAGAAUUUCUGAAACUGUUUACAAGGAAUUUUGAAAAACAGGGAUGUUUAAAUGAUGCCGGCUCUGUUUUUCUGUAAAUAAAUUUGCAUAUUUUGUAGGACUUUUAAUUGUAAUGAUAGAGAAAAAAACAAGGAAAACUAUUUAAUGAAAGCACGAUAUUUAUCUUUGGUAAAUGACUUUAGAGCAGUUAAA